GGGGGCUUGGCUUUGCCGCGCUCGGUGCACUUGGGCGAGAGCAGGAACGUGGAACAGAGCUCCGGUCCCAGCGCAGCCACCGCGAUGAGAGGCGCUCGCGGCGCCUGGGAUUUCCUCUUCGUCCUGCUUCUCCUGCUCCGCGUCCACACAGGCUUGUCUCAACCAUCUGUGAGUCCAGGGGAACUGUCUCCACCAUCCAUCCAUCCAGCAAAAUCAGAGUUAAUCGUCAGUGCUGGCGACGAGAUUAGGCUGUUAUGCACCGACCCAGGAUUUGUCAAAUGGACUUUUGAGACCCUGGGUCAGCUGAGUGAGAACAGACGUGCGGAAUGGAUCAUGGAGAAAGCAGAGGCCACAAAUACGGGCAAUUACACGUGCACCAACAAAGGCGGCUUAAGCACUUCCACCUAUGUGUUUGUGAGAGAUCCCGAGAAGCUUUUCCUCGUCUUCCUGCCCUUGUACGGGAAAGAGGACAGUGACACGCUGGUCCGCUGUCCUCUGACGGACCCGGAGGUGACCCAUUACUCCCUGACCGGGUGCGAGGGGAAACCUCUUCCCAAGGACCUGACGUUUGUCGCUGACCCCAAGGCUGGCAUCACCAUCAGAAACGUGAAGCGCGAGUAUCACCGGCUUUGUCUGCACUGCUCCGCGAACCAAGGGGGCAAGUCCGUGCUGUCGCAGAAAUUCACCCUCAAAGUCCGGGCAGCCAUCAGAGCUGUACCACUUGUGUCUGUGUCCAAAGCAAGCUUUCUUCUCAGGGAAGGGGAGGAAUUCACAGUGACGUGCUUGAUAAAAGAUGUGUCUAGUUCUGUGGACUCCAUGUGGAUAAGGGAAAACAGCCAGACUAAAGCACAGGUGAAGCGGAAUAGCUGGCAUCAGGGUGACUUCAAUUUUCUACGUCAGGAAAGACUGACUGUCAGCUCAGCGAGAGUUAACGAUUCUGGAGUGUUCAUGUGUUAUGCCAAUAAUACUUUUGGAUCAGCAAAUGUCACAACAACCUUAGAAGUAGUAGAUAAAGGAUUCAUUAAUAUCUUCCCUACGAUGAACACAACCGUAUUUGUCAACGAUGGAGAGAAUGUGGAUCUAGUUGUUGAGUACGAGGCAUAUCCCAAGCCUGAACACCGACAGUGGGUGUAUAUGAACAGAACCUUCACGGAUAAGUGGGAAGAUUAUCCCAAGUCUGAGAACGAAAGUAACAUCAGAUACGUAAGUGAACUUCAUCUCACCAGAUUAAAAGGGACCGAAGGAGGCACCUACACGUUUCUCGUGUCCAAUUCUGAUGUCAGUUCUUCCAUGACGUUUAGUGUUUACGUGAACACAAAACCAGAAAUCCUGACUCAUGACAGGCUUGCAAAUGGCAUGCUACAAUGUGUGGCAGCAGGAUUUCCAGAACCCACCAUUGAUUGGUAUUUUUGUCCAGGAACCGAGCAGAGAUGUUCCGUUCCCAUCGGGCCAGUGGAUGUGCAGAUACAAAACUCCUCUGUAUCCCCGUUUGGGAAACUGGUGAUUCACAGCUCCAUCGAUUACAGUGCGUUCAAGCACAAUGGCACAGUGGAAUGUAGGGCUCACAACGAUGUGGGCAAGAGUUCUGCCUUUUUUAACUUUGCAUUUAAAGAACAAAUCCAAGCCCAUACCCUGUUCACGCCUUUGCUGAUUGGUUUUGUGAUCGCAGCUGGUAUAAUGUGUAUCAUCGUGAUGAUUCUUACAUACAAAUAUUUACAGAAACCCAUGUAUGAAGUACAGUGGAAGGUUGUUGAGGAGAUAAAUGGAAACAAUUAUGUUUACAUAGACCCAACGCAACUUCCUUAUGAUCACAAAUGGGAGUUUCCCAGAAACAGGCUGAGUUUUGGGAAAACCUUGGGUGCUGGCGCCUUCGGGAAGGUCGUUGAGGCCACCGCAUACGGCUUAAUUAAGUCGGAUGCGGCCAUGACCGUUGCUGUGAAGAUGCUAAAACCAAGCGCCCAUUUGACGGAACGAGAAGCCCUAAUGUCUGAACUCAAAGUCUUAAGCUACCUUGGUAAUCAUAUGAAUAUCGUGAAUCUUCUCGGCGCGUGCACCAUUGGAGGGCCCACCCUGGUCAUUACAGAAUAUUGUUGCUAUGGUGAUCUUCUGAAUUUUUUGAGAAGAAAACGAGAUUCAUUUAUUUGCUCAAAGCAGGAAGAUCACACAGAAGCGGCGCUUUAUAAGAACCUUCUGCAUUCAAAGGAGUCUUCCUGCAGUGAUAGUACUAAUGAGUACAUGGAUAUGAAGCCCGGAGUUUCUUACGUUGUACCAACCAAGGCAGACAAGAGGAGGCCUGCCAGGAUAGGCUCAUACAUAGAAAGAGAUGUGACUCCUGCCAUCAUGGAAGACGACGAGCUGGCCCUCGACCUGGAAGACUUGCUGAGCUUUUCUUACCAGGUGGCAAAGGGCAUGGCGUUCCUCGCUUCGAAGAAUUGUAUUCACAGAGACUUGGCAGCCAGAAAUAUCCUCCUUACUCAUGGUCGGAUCACAAAGAUUUGUGAUUUUGGUCUAGCCCGAGACAUCAAGAAUGAUUCUAAUUAUGUGGUCAAAGGAAACGCUCGGCUACCUGUGAAGUGGAUGGCACCUGAGAGCAUUUUCAACUGUGUGUACACGUUUGAAAGUGAUGUCUGGUCCUACGGGAUUUUUCUCUGGGAGCUGUUCUCUUUAGGAAGCAGCCCCUACCCUGGAAUGCCAGUCGAUUCUAAAUUCUACAAGAUGAUCAAGGAAGGUUUCCGAAUGCUCAGCCCCGAGCACGCACCUGCCGAAAUGUACGACAUAAUGAAGACUUGCUGGGACGCCGAUCCCCUGAAAAGGCCAACAUUCAAGCAGAUCGUGCAGCUGAUUGAGAAGCAGAUUUCAGAGAGCACCAACCACAUUUAUUCCAAUUUAGCGAACGGCAGCCCCCACCGGGAGAACCCAGUGCUGGACCAUUCCGUGCGGAUCAAUUCCGUUGGCAGCAGCGCAUCUUCCACACAGCCUCUGCUUGUCCACGAAGACGUCUGAGGCCGAAUGAGCAUCUGGGGGGCUCCCCAGCAAGAACAACCCCCUGUUCUUUUGGUUUUCAUGAUGGUUAUUUUGUUUUCCUUUGACUCGCCUCCUUCUCCAGGGUAGUGGACAUCCCGCUGUAAUCCUUUCUUUACAAGCACACUUGAGUGGCCGAUGUUUGUCCCCACCUACUGUCAAGCUGCAUCUAUUCCCAAUAGCAAGCUAGCCCACCCCCGUUAACCAAAAAAAACCAGACUUGGAGAAGGGGAGGGUGGACCGUGCUGGACACACCCGGAGUCCUUUCCAAGGCUUUUCUCCGAUUUCUGUUUGAAAAGUGUAGUUGGCAGUUUAUUUGAAUACAUGGCAGUCGUCACCUUCGGUCCUGAUAAUCAUCCACAAUGAGGUGAUGCAGCAGCAGGAUUAGAAGCUGAAACCCUAACCCCGUGAUGUGGAAAAUAGAAUGUUAUUCAAACAAAGGGCAGAAGCCUAUGAAUAUCAGGGCUCAAGAAAUCUAGUAGUUCAUGCUGGGAAUGAGACGCCGUGGAAAAGUGCUCUCCAAGCAUAAAUACAGCCUGCCGGGCAUGAGCCUUUGUCCUCCCGACCUGGUUUCUAAAUAGACUUUGCUGUUAGGGAGCUGAACUGGAGAGACGGCCUCCUCCCCAGCCCCCAUUUUGUAUAUACUCAUCUGUCAGUCAUACGUGUUCACACACUGGAGGGAGGAACCCCCAAGGUGUAGUUUCUGGCUCAAGUUUGCUGCGUGUAGGCAUAGAUAGAGCCAGACAAGUUUGAAAUCAACAGUUAGUGCUUUGCUUUUUUUUUUUUUUAAAGGAAAAAACAUAAUUGCCAAGCACAAUCUUAACAAAAAUCUCCUUUUGUCACCGAUGAACUUGCUCGAUACAGAUAGUCCAGAACAAACUGACCCGCUUCAGAAUGGCAUUGUGUUCAAUAGAUUUGAUGCCAUUUGAAAAAAAAAAAAAAAAAAAGUGACUGAUUUACUGCAUGGCUCCAGCAGGAGUGACAAAACACUGCUGUCUUAGUUUGGAUUCUUCUGUAGCAGGAAAUAAAAUUUAGAUUCCACCUCCAUUGCAGGCAUGUCCUGGAUGCCGGGCCAGUAUCUAUAUAAGUGUGUAUGUGCACGCGCGUGUGUAUGCUUGUAGACAAAUACUUUGGGAGUAUGCUUGCCUUGAGCCCAAGAGGGCCCUUCAGUACCCAGGAAGCAGCCUGGCUUUCAUCCGCAGCGCAGCUCCUGUUUCUCUUCACCUGGCUGUCUAGAGAAGCUUACCAGCAGUUACACAGAGGCGAAUAGGAAGCGGAGUGCGUAAGUACCUAUUUAUUUGCAACCCACCUGCACUUAAGGCACUCUGUUAUUUAUACUCAACAUACUGUACCUGUUCCGUAGACAUUAUUAAUGCUACUCUUCCCACCGAAACAUAUUUAAAUUUUACCCUUUAGGCUGUAGCCUGGAUACUAUUCCUAGAGUUCACCUUUUUUUUUUUUUUUUCCUCGCCCAGUUAUAAGAGGUCCAUGGGUACAUGGCAAGGUUUGUGUGUUGUCUUGCGAGAUUCAGGUAGGCUACCCCCCCAGUUUUCCCCUCCUAGUUCCCUGAGACUACAUUUAGAGAACUGUAGCCAUUUAUCUGGAAGUAACCAUUUGCACUGGAGUUCUAUGCUCUCGCACCUUUCCAAAGGUAACAGGUUUUGUUGUCAUGUAAGAGCUUGUCGCUGUUUGCCAUACUUUGUCUGAAAGUUUCCUUUGCAUUUCUAUUGACUUUGAUUCUAGUAAGGAAAGUGGUUGUUCAUUGUAGACGUCUAGGUACUUCAGGGGCACUUCACUGAGUUUUGUCUUGGAUAUUCUCGAAAGUUUAUAUUUUUAUAAUUUUUUUUUUACAUCAGAUGUUUCUUUGCAGUGGCUUAAUGUUUGAAAUUAUUUUGUGGCUUUGUUUUGUAAAUAUUGAAAUGUAGCAAUAAUGUCUUUUGAAUAUUCCCAAGCCCAUGAGUCCUUGAAAAUAUUUUUUAUAUAUACGGUAACGUGUAAAUACGUAAGCGGUGCAAGUUUAAAGAGUGUUGAUGUUUCCAUGUUUUUUUUCCUGAUAUGUUGUCCAAUUGUUGACAGUUCUGAAGAUUCUAAUAAAAGUGUAAAUAUAUAAA